CUGCUUCAUUAUUUCACCUCCUCACGCUCUCACACACACACACACACACACACUUUCACGAAGUCGUACUUUUAAAUCACUCGCGAUUUUUUUUGCCUAAGUUCGCACGAGCGAGAAUCCGGAAAACGUGAAAGAGAAAGAAACGUGGAAAAGAUUUUAACGGAUUCAUGAAGAUUUCACGACUUCACGGAUUUGACUGAAUUAUUCUUUUCUUUUUUCAAAGAAAUCGACAUUUUUGUGGAGGAUUAAUUUUAUUUUCGCACGCGACUGAGAGGAAAAAUGUGAACACCUGUUUUUUUUCACCUUCAUCACAAACUUUUUUUGAUUUUUUUGAACUUUUUCUCUUUUUAAAUUUGAAUGAACUUUACGUGAACUUUAAUAAAACGACUAAAGAAACUUUCAAUGGAUUAAAAGUUUCAGCCUGAAGUGAAAAGAACCUCCAGUCAGGUCGAGCGAUGUGUGGAGACGUGUGACAGACGGCCAUGGGACUGGAGAGUCGGAGGCUUGUGACUGUCAGCGCUGCAGUAACCAUCUGUCUGCUGAGUGUGUCUCAGGGUCUGUCGUCGUUGGUUCGAGCCAGAGAAGGAGGCUCUGCAGAGCUGAGCUGCAGCCUCGCCGCCUCCAGUCCAAACCUCUUCCCGCUGCAUGUGGUGGAGUGGGUGCGUCUCGGCUACAGCGUUCCCGUCCUCAUCAAGUUCGGAGUGUACGCGCCGCGCAUUCAUCCAAACUACAAGGGCCGCGUGUCUCUGACCCGCGGCGCCUCCCUGCUGGUGGAGCGUCUGACCCUGGAGGACGAGGGCUGGUUCGAGUGUCGCAUCCUGCUCCUGGACAGAGAGACGGACGACUUCCGUAACGGCACAUGGACGUUCCUCUCCAUCACAGCUCCGCCCGUUUUCAUCAAGAAGCCCCCGGCGUUUGUGGAGGUUCUGCUGGGAGACUCUCUGACGCUGAGCUGUGGAGCUCAUGGGAACCCUCGACCCACCGUCGUCUGGCAUAAAGACGACAAUCCUGUCCAGAAACACCCGAAAAUCAAAGUGCUCAAUGGGACGCUGUCUCUGGCCGGCGUCACGAGAAAUAUUUCGGGAGUGUACAAAUGUCACGUGUCCAACUCGGAGGGGAACCUGACCCACGCUCUGCAGCUGCAGGUCAAAGGUCCUCCGCUCAUCAUCAUCUCUCCGGAGGACACCACGCUGAACAUUUCCCAGGAUGCAGUUCUGCAGUGUCAGGCCGACGCCUACCCUUCUAAUCUGACGUACGAGUGGCUGAAACAAGGACGCAACGUCUACCACAUCGAGUCUCUAAAGUCCAGAGUGAAGAUCUUAGUGGACGGAACUCUUCUCAUCCCUAAUCUAAUCCCAGAAGACGCUGGAAACUACACGUGCGUCCCCACCAACGGGAUCCUGACUCCGCCCUCUGCCUCUGCUCAUCUCAAAGUGAAACAUCCCGCCCGCGUCGGUCGGAUGCCUCGGGAGACGUAUUUACCCGCGGGGAUGGAGGGCGUCAUCGUGUGUCCGGUUCAGGCCGAUCCACCCGUGCUGUUCGUGAACUGGACCAAAGACGGCAGCCACUUAAAUCCUGACAACUUCCCAGGUUGGAUGGUGAACUCUGAAGGCUCCGUUUUCAUCGCUACGGCCAAUGACAACGCGGUGGGCGUGUACACCUGCACCGCCUACAACAGCUACGGCACCAUGGGUCAGUCUGAACCCACACGGGUCAUUCUGAAGGACCCUCCCUCUUUCAGAGCGACGCCUCGGCCUGAGUAUUUCCAGGAGGUCGGACGAGAGUUGAUGAUUCCGUGUGAGGUCGGAGGAGAGCCGACGCCCAACGUGACCUGGAGCAAAAUUGGCUCCUCCCCGCGCUCGCCGUACUCUGUGUUGUCUAACGGUUCCCUGCUGCUGCAGCCGCUCAGUAAAGAUCAUCAUGGUGGUUGGGAGUGUUUGGCCUCCAACCCUGUGGCGACUGUCGGUGCAGGGACUGUGGUCCUGGUGCUGGGCACCAGUCCUCACGCUGUGUCCUCUGUGUCUGUCGUCAUGGAGAUGAAUCAGGCUAACGUGUCCUGGGUGCCGGGGUUUGACGGUGGAUUCACACAGAGGUUCACAGUGUGGUUCAAACAGGCGUCCCGGGGGAAACAUGAGUGGGCGUCUCUGCCUGUCCCCACGUCCAAAAACUACCUGCUGGUGAGCGGACUUCUCGCCGCCACCAGUUACCAGUUCAGCAUUCUACCUCAGAAUAAACUUGGUUCAGGACCGUUCAGUGAAAUCGUCUCUGUACGAACCAAAGCUGUACCAACAGAAGCACCGACAGCUGUCAACGCUCUCCCACUCCUGGAUCCUCCGUUUCUCCUCUCAGCCAACCGGACUGAGCGCGGCGUUCUCCUCCUGUGGUCGCCACCAGAGGUGCCGUCCUCUCCUCUGACAGGUUACGUUGUGCAGACUCGCAGGGAUCGCGGCCCAUGGGUUGUCCUCAACAGCGACGUCAGCACCAAUCAGAGUGAACUUCUUGUUCAAGGACUGCUGAGGGACUCCAGUUAUGAUUUUAGGCUGAUGUCACGCAGCGACAAAGUUCUCAGUGAGCCCAGUGACACCGUCAGUGUUUCCACCAAAGGAAUGGCAGUUUAUCCUCUGCGCCCCAGUUUCCUGGAGGUCAUCCCUGAGCCGCUGUUGGCCGGCGUGAUCGCGGGCGUCUGCUUCCUGUUCUUUGCCAUCGUCCUCUCGCUGGUGACGGCGUGCUACAUGAGCCAGAAGCGGCGGCGGCGCAGAAAGAGGCGACGAGAUCUGUCAGCUGUCCUCCAGAAGAAUUCCUCUCCACAAUCUCGUUUGCCUCCUCGUAGUCCAGACAGUGUCCUGAAGCUGAAGCUCUGUCCACCACUUCCCUUCUUCCCCAUGUCUUCCUCGUCGCAGUCCGAUCGUUUCUCCUUUGACAGAGGCAGCCGUGGGGAAUACCACGACCAGAGGAAACAACUCUUGUCUAACUCGUCUCCACCACCUCAUUACACCCUUUUUGAGAGUCACCUGGGCUCCGAGGCCCAGUCACCAUCUGCGCUGGAGUCCAUUUCAAGAGGACCUGAUGGACGCUUCAGUGUCCAACCACUGCCAGAGGGUUCCAGUCCCUCUAAUCAUAAAAACUCAAAGACAGAAGUCCUGCAGCUUAAUGGUGGCGCAAGUGGCUCAGGGAGCAACCGCACAUCUUUAAAGGAUUCUCCAAAGUCGAGCAUCCUGAGCUCAGAGAAGGAUGAGAGGAAAAAUUCUCCUCUCACUGUGGAUGUCCCCGAGCUCAGCAGACCUCCUUCCUCACCUGGCAGAGUUCGAGCCAUGGCCAGAAACUUCUCCCGCCACGGCUGCUUUUACUCUGAUGACGAACAAGGUUCCGAGGCUCUGCUGGAACGAGCAAGCUUCUAUUCAGACAGCAGCGAGAAAAAACCCAGUGAUUCUCUCAGGAGACAUCGCGGCCACAGUGAAGACCUCUUCCACAGUUUGGGAAAGAGACCAAGGUUUCUGGACAGAGACGGAGAAAGAGACCAACCUCACCACUCAGGCUACCAGCCUAUGGAAAGUCAGCUGACGGAUAACAGCACUCUGGUGUCACAACUGCACAGUGGCUUGGAGAGGAACAGCAUCAGUAAGUGUGUCCAACUCGCAAAGGAGCGGGAAGAGAUGGAGAGGGAGCUAGAGAGCUACACAGCCAAUCAGAGAAGUCGCAGAACAGAGAAUCCUCACACGGAUGCAUCCAAGACAGAGGAAGAGCCAAUAUGGAAGCCACAAGAUGUGACCAUCAGACAGAAACACAGGUCCUCAGGUCAGACGAGCCGGGUAUCGGACUAUCGUAAGGCGUGCUACUUCGGGAAUACCAGCAGUCCCAUGGACCGACUCCCUACAUCUCGCAUACAGUGGGAUAUCAGUCCGGUCACAUCUGUUACAAACCUCGUUCCUGCUCAGAGCCACCGAGAAAAUGGAUUCCAAAGUCCUCGCACAUGUAGGGAAACCUCGGAGGGCUCCCUUGCAUCGUCUUCUCCAGUCACCCAGAACACCAUUCUCUCCCCUGACAUCACCUCGAGAAGCUCACGUGUGCUGGGUUUAGAAACUCCACUCAGAGCGAGGUCGCUGAGUCCACUGUCAGAUUCAUACAGGAAGUCUUUGACUGAGCAGGACAGAGGUGGUGCUUCAAGGUCCAGGCAUUCAUAUGCUACCACAGGGACUUAUUCCUGGGAUUCAUCUGCCAGAAGUCCCUUAGCCGUUGACAGUGAGAGACAGCCUGGAAGAAGUGGAGACCACGCAGCGAAAAGGGUCUCCAGUCCUUUGAGUUUUUCUACCUUACCCUAUGACAUGGGGGCUAAGGCCAAAGACGGAGAGACCCGGGGCCGGGAUGACCGCCGUAGUUCAGGAUUCUGCUCUGAGUUGGAAAGAGAGGGUGUCCGAACACGUUCCAGACGGAGUGACAAAUGUCUUUUCUCCAAUAGCCCAAGUCCUGUUUCAACGUUAACCCUUGUAGAGGAAGUAGAGAGUGACCAGUCACAAUUUUCUGUGCCCAGAAUGUCAGAGUCCUUGAAGGUCAAAUCUGAAGCCCCAUCUGCCAAAAUGUCCCCGCUGCAGACAAGUGCAAUUCUUGAGUACCUAAGCCUUCCAGGUUUCAUUGAAAUGAGUGUUGACGAGCCUGUGGAAGAAGCUGAAAACACUGAUGGACAAAGUUCUGAAGUAAAGCCAGAAAAAUCCCUUGUAGCCAAGCCGGAUGUAGUUCCUAAAAACUGGGAGGUUCACGUUCAGGAGAUCCAGGAAACAAACUCAAACCAAAAAGAGGUUCGCUUUGAUCAAACUAGCAAACAAGGCUAUAAGCGCUCGCUCCUCCACAUGGCACCCAGAGACCCUUCACUCAGAGUAAGAUUUCCAGAUGAGAUGGGAUCUUCGUCAAGUGGUCUAGAGAAAACAAGCAAGCAGCUCUACGAUGAGAAAACACAACUCAGAGUCAGGAAUAAAAGCACAGAAUCCAGACUUAGAUCCACAUCACCUCACAGUUUGCUAAGAACAGCUAAAGGCAUGGCGGAUUUAGUGUCAAAACAUUCCUGGAGUGUUGUAGACAGUAACGAAUCUUUAUCCGAGCAAUCCCAAAGACACACUUCUCAGGGCAGCAGGACUAAUAAUAUUGCGUCACGGAUAAGCCAAGUACCUGUGCCAUUUUUAAAGAAAUCUUUAAGUAUUGGUCCAUGUAGGACGCUGUCAGGCAUCGGACCGCCUCGUCCUUUCCUAAAGAAAUCCAUCAGCUUAGGCUCACAGCGGUGGGAGCACUUUGAGAACCCAAGGACAUAUGUUUCUGAGAAGUGUUACUGGGAUGAAUUCCCAAACCCAGAAGUCAGGGUGAAGGCGUACAGUUUGGGCCACAGUCCAUCCCCUCAGCCCAGACCAGGUCCUUCAUGGAGGGAGUACAUCCCGUUCAGGCGACCGAGUAUUGGGAGCUUAGAGAGGCCUCAUCACUCUCACAGGUCUUUAGCUAGUCCUACCUACCUCACUCCUGCCAUGUACCCACCCAGACAAACCUCGGUUUCCCCUCUGCUCGACCCCUCUGAUCCACGUCGGCAGGCAGCUGUCUUCCCCGAGUCCUCCAGGUGGUCUCCAUCUUACCACGAAACUCUGCGGUCUGCACAGCACAAAUAUGUCCCCAUGCCGUCCUCCAUUCCUGUCCCACAUUACCAACCGUGGCCAGGUUACAGAGGAGAAAACAUGAGACCCGUGGAGCCCAGGAGGGGCCCUCCGCGGUCCUACCUACCCAGAGGCAUAAGCUGGCCCUCGCCUUAUUACGCCCCAUUCCCACCCAGGGAGGGUGAGGGUUAUAGACCGCCAGAGAGGAUGAUGGGUAGAGCAGGAGAGACUGAGGUCAGGGAAGGAGGCAGGGCCAGUUAUGCCAGUCAGAGCAGCGGUAGAGGAAGCGCCGGUCUCUACCAGCGUUCACUCUCCAUCACUCCCACCCUGCUCAGCUCCCCCGAAACCACCGAGGAGAGUGAGCGGCACAGAGCUGAGCUGGAGCCACCACAGAGGAGAGCGAAAAGAAGGAACACGUCAGUAGAUGAGAGUUAUGAGUGGGACGCGGCUGACGUCUGUGUGGACUCAGAGGUCCUGGACGCCGUGAGGUUUGAUCAGACACGUGCGAGCUCGCGUGGACGCAGAGGCGAGCUCGGGUUUGGUCGAGCCACCGGCCUCCAGGACCAGCAGCAGGAAGGCCCGCCUCCCUCGCUCCGCCCAGCACGCUCCCUCUGCGAGGCGCGCUUCAACGCUCUGCGUCAGGAGUACCACGAGUACAGACGGGCUCAGGAGUCCGUUUGUCUCAGUGCCGGCUACGACUCAGACUCUGACUGCAGCUCUGCUCUGCUGUAGCAGCUCAACUCGGUUCAUCAGACGCAGAAAAUUAAAAGUUGAACAUAAAAGAAGAGACGUCAGCUUUGGUUUUCAUCACUGAAGCUUUUGUCUUCUGUGUUUUCUCUAAAUUCACUGUUUUACAUCAAACACGAGACAAACUGCAGCUUCUUCUUCACUUUAAACCACACACGCAAAACGAAGCUGAGAAGGAAGAAUUGUUAUUUAUUUUUCAGUAAAAAUCUGGCGGAAACAAACUUGUAUUUGAUGAUUAAAUUUGUUUUAAACCAUGACAAUCAGACACAAGGAUGGAAAUGUUCACACAGGUUUUUCAACAUUUGUAACAUUUGUAUCUGUUUCCUGCCAGAAAUACAAGUUUUCUAAAACUCCCACGACACAACAAUAAUAACCACAAUAACUACAAACAUGCAUAUAAUUUUCAAAAACUAUAAAAGUGUUACAAAAACACAAAGAAACAAAAUUCAAACAAAGAAAAUAAAUCAUUUAAUUCACCGUUGAAGCAAAUUAUUUUCCAUAUUAUUCAAGUUGAAAAGUGGAAAAUCAGCAAACACUGAAAUGAUUUCACUGCUUGUUUGUUUUCUUCACGAGUGAACGACGACUUUCUCCACCUGCGUCGUUUUCAUCGACGACCUAAAACGAUCACAGCUGAUAAACGAGACAAUCGUGUGACCCCGGAUCACUGAAGUAAACUUAUCUGAAAUUACACUCUAAAAAACCUAAAACAUGGAAAAAAAAACUAAUAAAAGUUUUUUGAAAACCUAGAACCAACAUUUUAAUUUUAUACAAUAAAAUUUUACGAACAAAUUGUGAUAUUUAAACAGUUUCAAAAUCUUUAUUUUUUUAAAGCACGGAUUUAGAAUUACAAAAUUGCUCAUUCAAAAAAAUGUAAUGUACAAUUUUAUUCAAUUUUUCUAAAUUGUUAAUUUUGUUUACAAAAUUAAACCAAAAUUUAAAUGUUGCUCAUGUUUUAAACGUU